UUCCUUAUCACAACUUGUCCCGUUCUUGCACCGAUUCCUCACUCCUAGUGCGUCCCACUUUCACCAGAUUUCUGAGGAAGAAAGGAAAAUGUCGAGCUCUCAGUGUUUUGAGAACCCACCAAACCUGAGCUCCACUUGCGGAGCAGGACACGUUGAAGAGCUUGCAGGUCUCAAGACUUACGUCACCGGCCCUUCCGAUUCCAAGCGUGCUGUUCUUCUCAUCGCCGAUGUUUUCGGGUAUGAGGCUCCUAAGCUGAGGAAACUCGCAGAUAAAAUUGCAUCCGCGGGAUUCUUGGUGGCUGUACCUGAUUUCUUUUACGGAGAUCCCAUUAUUGAUUUCACUAGUCCUAAUUUCAAUUUUGAAGCUUGGUUUAAGAAUCACGGCACGGAUAAAGGGCAUGAAGAUGCCAAGCCAGUGAUUGCUGCUCUUAAGAGCAAAGGUGUGUCUACCAUUGGGGCUGCAGGAUUUUGUUGGGGAGGAGUGGUGCUGGUGAAAUUAGCAGGCACUGAAGACAUUCAAGCAGCAGUUAUUCUGCACCCCGGUCCUAUGACCGAAGAUGCAAUCAAAGCUGUCAAGAUUCCAACUGCUAUAUUGGGAGCUGAGAUCGACCAUUCUUCCCCGCCGGAACAACUGAAGUUUGGGGAGAUCAUGUCGGCUAAAACUGAAUUUGAGAGCUAUGUGAAGAUAUUCCCUGGUGUUAGUCAUGGAUGGAGUGUGAGGUACGACGACGACAAUGAAUUGGUGGUCAAGAGCGCCGAAGAGGCCCAAGAAGACACUUUGAAUUGGUUCUUGAAGCAUGUCAAGUGAAGAGAACAGAAGGCAUUGAAGCAGAACAUUCUGACGGAAGCAGUAGAUGACUGUAUUGUGUGAGACGAACAGUUUGAGGACUAGUCAUCUAUUGUAAUAUCUGGCGAGGGAACAAUGUACUGUGCUGUUGAUACUUAGAGAAAUAAAGACAUUAGUUUCAUCGCUUAAACUUGGAAGAUUGAAAACGAAAUAUAUCGCCUAGAGUUGUAUCGUGGCGAUUUUCGUGGC